GCUGGCGUUGCCCGUUACUCCUCCUAUCUAUCGUGCGUAUCUCUUUCUCUCUCCAUUUUUAUUUAUAUAUUUCUCUCCAUUAUUUGGUGUGCAUGCUCUAGACACACACACACCCCACCACCACCAACACUGAGUUUUAGCAGAAGGAUAGAGAGCAGAAUGAUUCAAAGAACUGUGUCCUUUCCCAGUUUAAGGAAAUUGCUUCUUCGGGCUGGUUGUUCUAAAUCUGCUUCGUCCAAGAUCGGAACUUACAAUUGCUUUGCUUCUCAGUCCUCCCCUCUACCGAGCCACAACCCUAGUUACCGUGAUGACGAGUAUGCUGAUGUGGACUGGGACAGUCUUGGAUUUGGACUGAUGCCCACUGAUUAUAUGUAUAUUACUAAAUGUUGUGAGGGCCAAAAUUUUGGACAAGGACAACUCAGUCGUUAUGGGAACAUUGAACUCAGUCCAUCAGCUGGUGUCCUAAAUUAUGGUCAGGGUUUAUUCGAAGGCACGAAAGCAUACAGAAAAGAAAAUGGGGGCUUGCUACUCUUCCGUCCAGAAGAAAAUGCCAUUCGCAUGAAGACUGGUGCCCAAAGAAUGUGCAUGGCAUCGCCUUCCAUUGAUCAUUUUGUUGAUGCUUUGAAGCAAACUGUCUUGGCUAAUAAGCGUUGGGUUCCUCCACCGGGCAAAGGAUCCUUGUACCUUAGGCCUCUGCUCCUAGGAACUGGUCCGGUUUUGGGUUUGGCUCCUGCACCUGAAUACACAUUCCUCAUAUUUGCUUCCCCUGUUCGCAACUAUUUCAAGGAGGGCUCUGCUCCACUCAACUUGUACGUGGAGGAAAACUUUGACCGUGCUUCUAGCCGCGGCACUGGAAACGUUAAAACCAUUUCCAAUUAUGCACCGGUCUUGAUGGCACAAAUUCAAGCCAAGAAAAGAGGAUUUUCGGAUGUGCUAUACCUUGAUUCAGACACCAAGAAAAAUCUCGAGGAGGUCUCUUCUUGUAACAUUUUUAUUGCCAAGGGCAAAUGCAUCUCAACACCUGCUACUAAUGGAACUAUUCUUUCCGGAAUUACCCGAAAAAGUGUCAUUGAAAUUGCUCGCGAUCAUGGCUAUCAGGUAGAAGAGCGUGCUGUUGCCGUGGAUGAAUUGAUUGAGGCUGAUGAAGUUUUCUGCACAGGAACUGCGGUCGGUGUUGCUCCAGUAGGGAGUAUCACAUACCAGGAUAAAAGGAUGGAAUAUAUAACAGGUUCUGGAACCAUUUGUCAAGAGCUGAACAAUACCAUUUCAGGAAUUCAAACGGGUACUAUUGAAGAUAAGAAGGGAUGGAUUGUCGAAGUUGAUUAACAACGAGUGUUUAUAAUUUAUAAUUGUUUAUUCCAAUGUUAUUAAACCAAUUUUAAACUGUAAUAAUGAUUGCCCAUACGAAAAAUGGCGCAUAUACUGUUGUUCGUUAUCUAAAAGCAUGUUAUAUGUGUAAAAUGUUUUUUUUGGAUACAUAUAUAUGUAAAAUGAUGUGCACAUUAUAAAUUAUAAUGAUUAUAUAAAGUAAAGGACUUGCAAAUCAUA